AUGGCGAGUCUGUGCAAAAGGCAGCAAUGCACGAUAGAGAGGCGCGGCUUUCGGCAGGAACUUGACUCUUGGAGGCACAAACUCAUUCACUGUGUAGGCUUUGAAAGCAUCUUGGAAGGCUUGUUUGGGCCGGGACUAGUCAAAGAUAUCACUCUUUUCCAAGACUGCGAGCCAGAGGAAGUGUCUGACUGGUCCUUCGAUGAAAACUGUCUCUUCUGCUGCUUAAGACGCGAGAAAGUCAAGGACCACAGCAUAGAGAACGGUGGAGGCAGCCACGUGCUGUCGGAGUGUGAAGACUUCAAACAGGAGCAGUCUCGGAUCAGCCGGCUGGAGAGACAGGCCCAAGACUUCCUCAAUGCUGUGUUCCACAGAAAAGACCUCCCAAGUUUCUCAGACCCUCACAUUCCUCUAGUGGCUCGUGAGAUCAUGCAGCGAAUGAUCCGCCAGUUCGCUGCCGAAUAUACCUCAAAAACUACUCAGGACGACCCGCCCCUGCCCAACGGCACCAUGAAGGACCAAAGCCUGCCAAGAGCGGUGUCUCUGGCCCCGGCCCCCAGCUCCUCGCCCGGGCCCCUGCCUGCGCCAAGCUCCCCUCCAUCGUCUGCCUCCUCCUCUCCGUCCCCGACCCCGGGCCAAGGCUUCAGCCCCACCUCCGCUGCUGCCGCCUCAGCACCCGCCUGCACCCAGAGCAGCAACGGUACGGGAGCCAGUAAUGGAGGAGGAGGAGGAGGCACGGCUGCUGCCUCUGCACAGAAUCCUGUCCUCAGCAAGCUUCUCAUGGCCGACCAGGACGGCCCGCUGGACCUCACCGUCAAAAAGAACCAGGCCGAUCCAGAGCCCAGCCAGCAGGAUGGCGUCCUAGACCUCUCCACCAAGAAGAACCACAGCACAGGCAGCCCCAAAACCUUGCCCGGUUACACCGCUGCACCCGGGGUUAAAGGGCGUUCCCUCAAAGCCGAACACGCGCUGUCGGAGGUGGAGGAGGACGACGGCCUGCUGCAGAGAAGCUUGCAGGACGGACUGAGGGAGAACUACUCCAACUCCUUCAAGCCCCCACUGGCCCGCUCGCUGCGUAUCAAGGAGGAGCUCCUCAGCCAGAAGCACCGCCUCUUGAGCCAGCCCGCUGCUCUCUCAUUGGCUAAUCUCGAGUCAGCUGGCUUGCUCAAUCACGGGCAGUCCCACUCCUUGCUCGGCCAGAAGGGCUCUUCCUCUUUCUGGGGAAGCAAGGCCCACCUCGAAAGCCUGAUGAAGCUAAAGCAGGCCAGUGGAGCUCUGAGCGACCUCAAAGACCUGCCAACAUUCCUGGAGAAUCACCACCACAACCACCACGGAGCCUUCUCCUACAAGAGUUCCCUCCACCAUCACAAUCAGGUCUCGAAGGCCCAACAUCACCACAACGACGGCAAGAGAGACCAGGGCCACUCGCCUCCCGUCGACCUCAAGAUCCCCCAGGUCCGGGGCAUGGAUCUUUCCUGGGAUUCCCAUGCCUCUGAGCUGUAUGGCUACGGGGCCAUGGGGGUUGGGGGCGGUGGCCACGGGGAGAACACCCUGAGCCGGAAGCUGAGAGCCAUCCUGCCCAAGCAGAACCGCCGAGGGGGGAGCCUCGGAAGCCUUCUGGACGGGGCAGCCGACUACUGGAGCGCCGACUUGGACCACUCCAGCUCCGGGCCAGCGUACUCCAUCUCCGACGUGGAAGGGGACCCGAACUCCAAGCAACCGAGGAAGAAGAGGGGCCGUUACCGCCAGUACAACAGCGAGAUCCUGGAGGAGGCCAUAGCUGUGGUGAUGAGCGGGAAGAUGAGCGUGUCCAAGGCACAGAACAUGUAUGGGAUCCCACACAGCACCCUGGAGUACAAGGUCAAGGAGCGCAUGGGAACCCUGAAGAACCCCCCAAAGAAGAAGCUCAAGCUGAUGAUGAAGAUGGAAGCAGGAGGUCAGGAUUUUCCCACCGAGUCGGAGAACACGCCCACUGCAACUCCACGAGACGACGGCCCGCCGCUAGCAGCCGCUGAGCUCCAGGACAAUGUAAAAGAAGAGAUUGAUGACAAUUUCAAACCAAUCGACUAAACGACUUACACAUGUACACCUCAGUCAAAUGACUUAAGUAAUUUGAAAAUGGAUGGGGCUUUAUUUGUGCCAAUUUACUUUGCAGUAUCUGGGUGAGCACAAACGCAGGGAUAAUAUGAGGAGGAUUCUUAAAACAAACUGGAGAGAAACAACCAAUCGGACGGUUUUUAACGGGCGUCACUUGAGCGACGCCGUGCGAGCAUUUGUUCAGCUUUUCUAUCCAGGGGCUUAACAAAUGCGGCUAAAGACAUGAGUUAAAUGACAAUUAAUGAAAUUUCCUUAAGCAUGCUGAUAAUCCCCAGCCCAAAAACCCAAUCUCCCCUCUUUUUCUGAACUCGAUACCCAAGAAGCGUUGCUGCUUAUAAACGCAGUUUGGGCUUUGGAUGAUUCCGAUUUUUGGGAGGGGAAAAAAAAAAACCCAGAAACGAGGGGAAGGUUGAAAAAUUAACUCCCUAAAAACAAACUGACAAAUUAAUCCCUUUACCACUCCCCUCUUUCACGGAGUACUAGCUGAAAAUUGGUAAGUGAACUGUCUAUUACAUUCGAAGCCAACUGUACGGUUUAAUCAUACCAUUGAUAUUCCUCACCAGGGUUCUGAAUCAAACCCAUUCUCUUAUUGCCAGGUAGCCAUGACGCUUUAACUGCAAACCUUUUCUUUCCUCCUUAAAAAAAAAAACUACUCUGCUAAUCUCUGUGCGGACGAAAGCAACAUUAACCCGUCCUUUUUUUGAACGAGAAAAGACACACAAAAGUCAUUCAGGGAUGCAUGUUUGUGAGUUUCGUGAACACUACUGACUUCUAUAAUCGACUUCUUUUCCUCUCUCUUUUCGUUUUGAUUUGUUUUGCUUUCUUUUGCACUACACUUUGGGUCUGGCGCUUGCAGACCAGGUUACCUCGGCAUUGUUGCCCAUGCAUCAUGCACUUAUUAUGGUCUGUCACUGAAGCCCAACCUUGCAACGGGUCAGAGGUGCGCGUCGCCUGUGCACGCUGAUUCAUAUUCAGAUGCAGGAGGCUCUUUGACUCUCUUUUUUGCCAAGGGACAAGCUGAGGGGUAAUCUGAUUAUGAAUCAGCUGGUUUUUUUAAGGCGGGAUGCUACCUCGUGGACCUCCAUCAUUCUCUCACUGCUGAUCCUGGAAAGCCGGAGCCACCUGCAAUUUGCCCUCCGAACGGCGACCAAAGUGAGCUCAUCCCCUCAUGACGAUCUUUGCCGGAUGGAGGGAGGCCUUUUAGGAUCAGACUGUGAAACUGUGCUGCUAUCCAGUUCAUCACUUAGCCCCGAUGACGGCUUUAGCUAGCCCGAGCUAACGGAUUUUAGCUCGUCUUAGCUAACAACAUAUUGCUAAUGAGUUGUUCUUCUUUUCCUUUUCUUUUCCUAAUCAAGCCAAGCAGAAGCAGCUUAGGUGUUUAAACGAUGAUAUUCUUCUCCC